AUGCUCCGCUGCCGCCUGCCCCUGCUCGGGCCCUGGCUGCUGCUGCAGACGGUGUGUGCUGGGGGCCACAUCGCCAAGACCCUGGGGUACCUGGAGCUGAGCACCUCUGGCCUCCUCAAGGAUGUCCCCUAUGGAACCCUGAAGCCCCCAGUGCUCGACCCCAGGCGGCUGAUUCCGGCCGAGCCCCCCCGGGGCGUGGAGACACCCUUGGGCGCCGCACGGAGCCCUUGGGACUGGCAGAAGAACCAGACGGUCGGGGAGCUGCCAAGCCCCCGUGCCCGGCGCAAGCCCUCGCUCAAGUCUGGGCGCACCAAGAAGAUCUUUGGCUGGGGUGACUUCUACUUCAACAUCAAGACGCUGAAGUUCAGCCUGCUGGUGACAGGGAAGAUUGUCGACCACAUCAACGGGACCUUCAGUGUCUACUUCCGCCACAACUCCUCCAGCCUGGGCAACGUCUCGGUCAGCAUUGUGCCCCCCUCCAAGGCGGUGGGCUUCGAGGUGCUGGUGCCAGCCCCCCCGCCGCUCUCCCGCCCGCCCCCCCAGCAGAGCACCCUGCCCGAGGGGCGUCCGGCCAAGGCCCUCAACUGCCACGUGGAGUACGAGAAGACCAACCGGGCGCGGAAGAACAAGCCCUGCCUGUACGACCCCUCCAAGGUGUGCUUCACGGAGCACACGCAGAGCCACGCCGCCUGGCUCUGUGCCAAGCCCUUCAAGGUCAUCUGCAUCUUCAUCUCCUUCCUCAGCAUCGACUACAAGCUGGUCCAGAAGGUCUGCCCCGACUACAACUUCCAGCACGACAACCCCUACUUUGGCUGA